CGUCGUAAUUAAUCUCCUCGUAAUGAGGUUCGUAAUUUCAUUGGUUAAAAAAGCUUUCUGUGGCUAAAACACACCGAUAAUCUGGCGUUUAAGUAAACAUCGUGACUUGAGCACCCCUCGCGGCCGGCGGAAUGGUUCGGCCCACCAUUUCAGCCAGACUCCUGCUUCCCGCUGACUGCGAGUCAUGAAGCCCGUCAAACAGACGAGACAGGGCCGCGCUCGAAGUUCUGACGGGGGCGUCUGUUGCCGGAGAGGUGACGGUAUCGAGGCUCCGUGACGACAGAUAUGCUCACAAUUCCAUUUUUGUGUGCGUCAGUCGAACCGAGGAUGAUUUUUUCCAAUACGGGAAACCCACUAAGGACUCAGUUUCGCAAACAGUCACCUGUUACCCUACUGUCUCACCCCAUGGCUCCACCCAGCCCAAGUAACAACAGCAGCACCAACAACAGUAGCGGCAAUAGUACUGCAGGCUGGGAGCAACUCAGCAAAACCAAUCUUUACAUCAGAGGGCUGUCCCCAUCAACAACAGACCAUGACCUGGUCAAACUCUGUCAGCCGUAUGGCAAAAUUGUAUCAACAAAGGCCAUCCUUGACAAGACUACAAACAAAUGCAAAGGAUAUGGCUUUGUGGAUUUUGAUAGUCCCACGGCAGCUCAGAAAGCUGUGGCUGCCCUAAAGACCAGUGGAGUACAAGCUCAAAUGGCAAAGCAACAAGAACAAGACCCCACCAACUUGUAUAUCUCCAACCUGCCACUGUCAAUGGAUGAGCAGGAGCUGGAGAACAUGCUGAAGCACUUCGGCCAGGUUAUAUCAACCCGCAUCCUGAGGGACUCAAGUGGUGCAAGCAGAGGGGUGGGCUUUGCCAGGAUGGAGUCAACAGAAAAAUGUGAUGCAGUCAUUUCUCACUUCAAUGGAAAGUUCAUCAAGACGCCGGCCGGCGUACCAGCACCUGCCGAACCUUUGCUUUUCAAGUUUGCUGAUGGUGGGCAGAAAAAGAGACAAAGCCAAAACAAAUUUGUUCAGAAUGGUCGAGGUUGGCUAAGAGAUGGAAACACCAGACUCGCUGGAAUGACACUCACAUACGAUCCCAGUGCAGCUGCAAUGCAAAACGAAUUUUUCCCGCCGGCGUACAGCAUUUCAAACAGGAUGAUUGCUCACACGCCCAUGUCCACGUACAUGUCUCCAGUUUCAGCAUAUCAGGUGCACAACCCGUCGUGGGUGCAUCAACCCUACGUCAUGCAGCACCCUGGUGCAGUCAUAUCGCCCUCUAUGGAGCCAUCAUUGUCACUGCAGCCUACAUCUCUGAUGACUCCACUGGCACAGCAGAUGAGUCAUUUGUCUUUGGGCAAUGGAGGAGCGUUCAUGACCACCAACGCUCCCAUCCCAGGUGCUUACAUCCCUCAGUACGCGCACUUGCAGACAGCAGCAAUUCCUGCAGAGGAAAAUGGAGUCAUGUCUCAGAUGGACACAGCUGGCAACCCUUCCCCGUAUGCCUACCAACAAACCAAGUAGUGCCGACGUAAUGUUUGGACAACCACUCAGCAAUACCGGCAAAAACAAAAAACGCAACGAACGCAAAAGAUCCUUCACUGAUUUGCUGUUGUCAGACUUGUGAGGCAAUUUUUGGAAUUGCGCUUGAAGAGUGUAAAGAAUACUCUUCAGUUUAUCAAAUGAUUUUAACAACUACUAAGAACAAAUUUUGAAAAGUUUUUUUCUAUUUUCGUACAAGAAACUGUUUAUUUUUUACCAAAGGAAAAAAAAAAAACAUUGCAUGGUGAUAAAUGUCUUUUUCAGCCCGCUAUUUUAAAGUUUUUGUGCUUGCAGUGCGAGUGUUGCCAUGGCGAAGUGUUUUUUAAAGUGUUUUCUUCUCCCGUCGUGCUUUAGGAUGACAAUGCGAUCUGAUAACAGUUUGCCUUAACAGUUUUACUACAGGGAUCGUUGAGAUCGCCACAAAGAACUGGAAGCAAGGUCUGUUGUUUUGUACGUGAGCUAUGAAAUGUUUUUGCUCCAUGGACUAAUAGGAAAUCGAUUUAUGUCGAGUGUACUGACGCCUGUUGCUUUUGUUGUGAUAUUUAUUUAGAAAAGAAUACUUUACAUGGUCCUGGAUGUUUUGCUGAAAGGUCAUCUUUUGGAUCUAGAGCCUUUUUGCAUACCCCCUAAUGUAAACUAGCUGACUUUGACCUAUAGUGGUAAAUUUGGAUUGCUAUUUGGAUGAUAAUGUGUCUUGUUAACUUUUAUUUAACAAAGCCAAGAGGAACACGUGGCUUUAGAAUUGCGCACAUAUGACAAAACACUCGUCAAAGGACUUUGUGGGAGCUAAAAUGAGACAUGCAUCGUAUUGGACCUCUAUUUUUUUAGCAGGAAACUAACAAGUUGGCACUUUGUUUUAUCACCAAAGAUUAGAAGUUCGUAUACCGAGGAACCAGAAUCUUGUCUCUUUUACCAGAACAGGAGGGAUUCUGCGAGUAAACUUGCAGUGAUGGACUGUGCCUUUCUCAAAUCAACAUUUACACUCAGUUCGCAAAUGUACAGUGGUUGCAAUGGACGCAAAGAAGGAUAGAUAGAAGCAGGCCAGAAUCCAACAAGUGCCACAGACUAAUUUUGUUCUUACAUUAGAAAAAGACAAUACAAUGUUGAGGUUCUAGUGUAAAAAAUGAUGUGGUUUGAUCUGAUAUGACAGCACUAAAAGUGGUGCUUAAAAAAAGUUUUUUUUUUAAUAUAUAUAUAUAUAUAUAUAUAUAUAUAUAUAUAUAUAACAUUUAUGAUCAAGGUGCCCUUCUAUUCCAACAGGUGGUCAAUCAGACCAGAUAUCUACCUCAGUUUUUCCAUGUUCCUCAGUUUUACACCAGGUUAUUGAGUCCAGCCCACUUCCUAGACCAAAAGCUGAGCUCAGGACCUGGUCACACGACAGGUUCCUUUAUUUUAUCUUAAAUUUAGGUUUUUCUUCAAGACAUUUUUGUACAGUUUUGUUUUGAGGAUGGGGUUCAAGCGCAUGCUUCUUGUUGAUGUUUCAGUCGCUACUUCCACCUGACUAAAUUCCAUAGAAAAUGAGUUUUCACUGAUUAUGCGCUCAUUUUUACAAGUUUGAUGCACCAUCAUAGGUGGAGACAAACUCACAGGCGGCAUUAGUUGGUUGUAGAGAGUACCCGAGAUUCUACUUGAGAUUUCUGUCUCACGCCCGACUGAACUGUUUUGUGAGUUUUUGCUGCUAGUGGCAUCUGAACCAAGGGGCAUAUGGUGUCGGGGUCAAGAACUGCAGAAAUGCGUCAAGGAAAAACUGCUCGUAUCAGCAAUCGUGUUGAACAGUCAAUAGUUUGUAUGGAAAGAAAGUUCUAAUUUAUGAAGAUUUUUUUUUUUUGGUAACACAAAGCUAGAGGAAAAGGUGAAUGAAACCAUUUGUUUUAUUUGUGUUGAUUUGCACCACAUACUUGCCAGUGGUGAUUUGUUUGUACAGAUAAAAGCUUCUCGCAUCUUUGUUUUGGUAGUGUUAAGGCCAAAUUUGUUUUCCCUUGUAGAUUGCUGCCUCAGGUUUAUUCUUUUUACUUCUUUGAGCCUUGUUUUUUAAUAAAAAAAAAAGAGAUUUGUUAAA